AUGGACGAGCCUAACGACCCAAAUGGACACGACGACUUGGACGGGCCAGACGAUCGGGAUGGGCCUUACGACUCGCAUGUUAGGUUUGUAAGGCCCGUUCGGGUCGUCGGACAAGUCCGGGUUGUUUGGCUUAUUUGGGUCGUCUUGCUUUUCCGAUUGUUUGGGAUUGUUCGGCCUGACGACCCGGAACAACCCGACGACCCAAACCUGUUUGGGAUUGUUCGGCCUGAGGACCUGCAUGGGACCGUAAACCUGGACGGGCCGGUGGACCUGAACGACCCAGGUGGUCUCGUCGACACUUACGAGCCUGACAACCCAGAUCAGCCCGAAGACCAGACAAGGCCCGACGACAAGAACGUGCCCGACGACCUCGAUAGGCCUGACAACCGGGAUAAGCCCAAUGACCCACACGCUCCCGAUGACCCGGAUGCUCCCACGCGAAGAUAG